AUGUCGUCAAGAACUAGCCACAUACAGUUUUUAAUGAUGGUGGAAUUCAUGGAAAAAAAUGGAGAUUUAUCGAAACCUCAGUGUUUGCCGCAGGGGCGUCAGUAUUGUUUAAGAAUGUGGAAAGAAUUAGCGGAACUUCUUAACAGCCAGGGAAUCGGAGAAUAUCGCAGUGAAGAAAAGUGGCGAAAAGUAUGGAGUGAUUUAAAAAAUAAUACGAAAAGGAAGUGGGCAAAAAUUAAUAGAUCGGUGCGUGGUACAGGUGGUGGGCCUGCUCUUAAAAUGUGCCUAACCGAUUUAGAGAACCGGGUUCUUACUAUUAUGGGUGUCCAGGCAGCAACUGGAAUGCCCAUCGCUGAAAUUGGUUUUGGAAUGGCAGAAGACACUGUGGAAGUUAUUCAAAUAGUGUCCUAUGAUGAACCCAGAGAGCCUGUUACUACACCAACACCUAUUGUUGACAAUGAAGACUGGAACACUCCUGGGUGCAGCAAGGAUGCAGUGCCAGUACCUCCUAUCCUAGGAUCCUUCACACCGCCUAGACCGUCUACACCCCUUAAACCCACCACUCCACCAAAAUCUCCCACAGUCCCCCACAGGCAAACCACCUCACAACCUCCACCUCACAAGAGGAAAAACACCAUAACCCUACCAGAAUAUUUUAUCAUGUGUGAGGAGAAUGCAAGAAAGUAUAAUAAGGAGAGAGAAAGGAUGGCCUUAGAAUUAGAAAGAGAGAGGAUUCGACAGAGAGACAUUGAGCUUCGUCAACGAGAUACUGAGCUACAGUUGCAAGCUCAAUGGCUAGAGUUUAUGAAAGUAGCACUGAAUGUUUUAGACAAAUAUUUUAGUAAUAAGCAU